CUCUUUUACAACAUCAUCAAAGGGUAAGGACUUGUCUUGAGCUAUUGCGGCGGCGCAGAGGUUGGCUCGCGUAGCAAGCAACAACAAUAAGAAGCAACUUUUGUGGGUGCCAUCAUGCCCAUGAUUAGUAAUAAUCAAAAGGGUAGCUUUAACAUGAAUCCGUUAUUUAGGAGUGAUUCUUUUGGGCAUUACUACCCUGAGGCUGAACACAGUUACACUAUGAUGGAGAAGAGGCAAUUGUUCCUCAGAAGCUAUCAGUUCUGUAGAAAGAAGAGCCUCAAAGAGAGAGUCAAAGGGUCUUUGGUUCGUGUCAAGAAGGUUCUGUGGCUGAGGCUAAGAUCUGCUAAGAAACUCAGAAGGUUGUUUUUUUCCAGAAUCAGAAUCAAAUGCGGCUUCUAUUACCGGAGGAGAAGGUUUUCACGCCUUCUCAGUGCCCAUAACCGCAAAAUAGACUCUUCCUCUUGUUUAUGGUAGGACCACCACUCACAACUCUUGGCAAUUCAGGAAAAGAAAAAGAAGAAGAAAAAAAUCUCAUGAUAUUUAAUUAUUUAUCACUUUUUUAUUUCAUUAUUCAUCAGUUGCUAUUUGUAGUUCUUUAUUUUUACUUUUUUAUUACAAAGACAAAUUGGAAAAUGGAACAAGAAAAUAUAUAUACAGCACAUAUUGUUAUUCGUUUGUUUCUUGUUA